AUGACAGGGAGGACACUGAAGUCUAUCAACACGGGUGUCAUAAAGAAUCCAAACUAUAUCCAUGUCACCAGUAAUAACAACUUGAUAGUCAGUGAAGCAUCAGUAAAAUCCCUCGUAUCUGUGACCAGUGAAGGAGAAGCUGUUUUCACCUACACUCCCACAAGGGACAGAGCUCUGAUGUAUCAACGGGGUAUCACAACAACCAGCACAGGAGAUAUCCUGCUUGUAGACCGCGACUCCCACAAGGUGAUUCAGCUGACAGCGUCAGGGCAGUUUGUCAGAGAUGUCCUCACACAACAGGAUGGUCUGGAAGAUCCUCGUGGUAUCUGUCUUGAUGGGGACGGGUUUGUGUAUGUUACAUGUAGGCGAUAUGUAAAGGUAUUCAAAUUGAAAAAGCGACGUCACGUGACACACACCACAACCAGGAAGUGGAGCGGGGACAGUCUGUCGAUUGACGGUGUUGUAAUUGUGAUAAUGGCGGCUGCCAAAAUAUUGACAGACAACCACCUUACCUGUGUCAUCUGUACUGAGGUGUUCACAGACCCUGCCACACUUCAGUGUAAUCACACAUUCUGUAAGUCCUGUCUGCUGAAAUACACCAACACACAGCCUGAAGCAAUACAAGCCAAGUCCAUCCCAUGUCCCUCCUGUAGACAACUGACGAAGGUGACCACCUCUGACAGUCCAGUAGAGGAGUGGUUCAGUCAGCUGAAACCAAGCCACGUCAUACAGGGGCUGAUGGACGACUUUGGACCAGGGAGCAAAGCGGCCCUUGUAAAUAUCUGCAGUGUUUGCAAAACACAAGGGAAGACAACUCCUGCCACCUCGUGGUGUUCCGUCUGUGACGAGGUCUUCUGUGAUGGAUGUCUGAAGAUGCACAACAUGAUGACGAUGUUACGUGACCAUGAAGUUGUGGGCGUGUCUGAUACCACAAAAAGAAAAGCCAAGCAACGCUUCAUGUGUAAAAUCCACAAAGACGAACAGAUCGAGUUGUUCUGUAAGGAUUGUAGGGUGGCCAUUUGUCAUAUAUGCUGCAGUAUAAAACACAGGAAAUGUGACGAUGUUGAUACUUUAGAUAACAUGACCCCUGUAAUCAGAGAACACCUGUCAAAUCAAAACCAAGAACUGAAAAUCAAAAUGACAACUUCAGAAAACAGAAUAAUUUUCAGGAAAUCUCAAAUUGAAGAAAUAGAGUCCAAUGCGCAAAGUAUAAAAGAUGAAAUCAGACAAUUACGUAAGAAAGUGGUAGAAAUUAUUUUACGGAAGGAGAAACAACUCCUUGAUAAAGUCGACCGAUCUUCCGAUGAACAAUUACAGGAAUUACAAGCAGAAAUAAAAUCCCAGGAGAUUGAGCUGCAGAUGUACCAGCAACAGUAUGAGUUCACAGCCAAUGCUGUGACGUCCAACUGUGAGAUGGACAUGUAUGCCGUCUAUGAGUCAGUGGGUGAGUUGACAGACAACAGACACACGGACAACCGACCAGCACCAGGAAGGGUUGUAUUCACUCACGACAUGGACAAGCUGAGUAAAGCAGUGGAUGAACUACAGCUAGGGAAGGUUGACGUUGUCGGUGGUGUGAGUGACCACCAGUCUACCCCUGUUCUACAUCACACUAUUGACUGUAAGGCAGAUAAUGACAAUGACGAUCCUUAUUUGUAUGACGUCACAGUGUUGACUGUUGAUGGUAUAAAAGUAACAGUAGUUGCAGAUAUCACUAACAAAUGCAUCAAAACAUAUCAAACAUCAAAAUCAAACACACUAAGUAAUCAUCUACUACUUUCCUUUUGUCCUCAUCAAAUAGCAAAGCUAAGUGAGAGUCGGAUAGCUGUCUGUGUUCCGGGCAGUCGGGAAAUAGUUACAGUGGAUGUUACUCCAGAUCCUGUAUUGUUGUCAACUAUCAAAACAGCUAAACAGUACUACGCUCUAGCCUGUCUGAGUCCUUCACAGCUGGUGGCAGGUACAAAUAGACAGUCUCACUCUGUGGACAUACUGGACAUGACAGGGAAGAUACUGAAGUCUAUCAACACGGGUGUCAUAGAGAAUCCGGACUAUAUCCAUGUCACCAGUAAAAACAACUUGAUAGUCAGUGAAGAAUCAGUAAAUUCCCUCGUAUCUGUGACCAGUGAAGGAGAAGCUGUUUUCACCUACACUCCCACAGGGGGCAGAGCUUUGAAAAGGCCACAGGGUAUCACAACAACCAGCACAGGAGAUAUCCUGCUUGUAGACUGCAACUCCCACAAGGUGAUUCAGCUGACAGAGUCAGGGCAGUUUGUCAGAGAUGUCCUCACACAACAGGAUGGUCUGGAAGAUCCUCGUGGUAUGUGUCUUGAUGGGGACGGGUUUGUGUAUGUUACAUGUAGGCGAUAUGUCAAGGUAUUCAAAUUGAAAAAGUGAGACGUGUUUCAAAUAUACUCUUAUAAAAAGUAGGUGGAUUUUAUUUUUCAUUUACGAUUGAUAAAGCUGGGAGAUAUAUCGGAGUAAAUCAAUGUUGAUAUGAUGAUAAUGAACAUUUUAGUGUGCAUCGCCACUUGCGCUUCCUGAUGACCAUAGUUUGUACAGUAAUCCCUCUAAAAGGAUGAUUGGUGUAUGAUGUGAAAUUUGCAUGUGUAUGCGAUUUGCAUUCAGUUGUAUGUGAUUCCAGCAAACAACUGUAUAACAGAUGCAAGAUGAUUGUCAAAAACGAUGGUCUACAGUGAUUUAUCGACUAGCUUUGAAAACCGUCAAAAUCCAGAAUGACACCCGAUGCACGUGUAUGGGGCUACUGCGUUGUGCACGCAUCCCAUAAUUGUAUGUUUAGGGUUGGUGAUCAAGAGAAAUGGCUGUGCGUUCAUAAGAUGUCGGUCUUUGAAGCUUUUCUUGACUCUUGUACUUCCUAUCUAAAUUUAAAGUUCAGGUUCCCCUGCUUUUUUUAAGAGUAUGUGAACAUAAUUCGAUCACACAACACAAUAUCUGUUACAGGCCAACUUCUGGUACUGUUUAUGGCUUUUCAUGUCAUUCAUAAAGUUAGCACAUUGACCAAACACUGGAUCUCAUGUCUUAUAGCAAAUAGUUUUAAUCACAGAUGGGUGAGACAAACGUUGAUGAAGAAAACAGUAACAAAUAUCCAUUAUUAUCAUUUUAUUCUUCAUUUUUUCAAUGUCCAAUGUGGUUUAAGUGACUCACGAACUGUCUAUCCGUAAAAUCGAAUUUAUAUGUUUUUCUGCAUUUCUAUAGGAAUGUUUAUGUAUUAUGAAUAUUCAAUAAAUAUACUGCUAAAACUCA